GUGAGCGAUCGGCUGUUCGUAUACACUUGGUCUCUGACUUUGCGUUUCUUAUGCACUCUUGUAAUUUCUAUCAAAGAACAGUGUAUGCGUUAAAAACAUUACCACAUAUAAUUUAUUCCCAGUCGAAAUUGAAGCGCACAAAUUGUAAAUAUGCCACAAUACACAGUUAAAGUCAAAUGGGGCAAAGAGCUUUACCCUAACGUAGAAGUUAAUACAGAUGAAGAACCAAUGUUAUUUAAAGCCCAACUCUAUGCAUUGACAGGAGUACAACCAGAAAGACAAAAAGUUAUGGUCAAAGGAAUAACGUUGAAGGACGACGAUUGGGGCAAUAUUGGUUUGAAAGAUGGCGUUACCGUAUUAAUGAUGGGUUCUAAAGAAGAGGACGUACCUACGGAACCAAAAGAGAAGCCUCUGUUUUUGGAAGAUAUGAAUGAAUCCGAGUUGGCUACAGCGUUAGAUUUGCCAGCUGGCCUGGCUAAUCUUGGAAAUACUUGUUAUCUUAACGCGACCGUACAAUGUCUUAAAACCGUACCGGAGUUGAGAGAAGCUUUAAAAAAUUAUUGUGGUACUCUAUCAACCAUGGGUAAUUCCUCUCUCGCGCCUGCGCAGAACAUAACGGCAGCUCUAAGAGAUCUUUACGAAAAUAUGGAUAGAGGAUCGCCCUUUCCACCUGUUAUUCUUUUACAAAUGAUGCAUAUAGCUUUUCCAAGAUUCGCCGAGAAAUUUGAGCACGGCGUUUUUCAACAACAAGACGCUAACGAAUGUUGGACCGAACUCGUUAGAAUGCUACAACAAAAGCUACCUGCAAAGGUAAAUUCGGAUGCUGCGGAGGAUGAUUCUCAGUCUUAUAAGCCUGGAUCGUUGAUAGAACAAUACUUUGGAGGAACAUUUGAUACAGAAUUGAAAUGUAUCGAAUCGGAGGAUGAACCACCUACUAAAGGAAAGGAAGAAUUUCUACAAUUGAGUUGCUUUAUUUCAACGGAUGUCAAAUAUAUGCAUUCUGGUCUUAGAAGUAAAAUGCAAGAACAAAUUACAAAAAUGUCUGCGACUCUUGGGAGAGAUGCAUUGUAUACUAAAACGUCAAAAAUUAGUAGGUUACCAGCAUAUUUAACUAUCCAAUUUGUUCGUUUCUUUUAUAAAGAAAAAGAAGCCAUUAAUGCAAAAAUUUUAAAAGAUGUUAAGUUCCCAUUGGAAUUCGAUGCUUUUGAAUUGUGUAGUAGCGAACUCCAAAGCAAACUUACACCGAUGCGGGAAAAAUUUAAAGAAUACGAAGAUAACUUGGUAGAAGAAGCUGCCAAAUUGAAAGACAAGAAAGAUAAAGGUGAUGAAAAGUCGAGAAAAAUGAAAGAUGAACCAUUUUGGUUUCCAAAUGAUUUAGGAUCCAAUAAUAGCGGUUAUUAUACGCUACAAGCAGUUUUAACUCAUAGGGGUCGAUCAAGUAGUAGUGGUCAUUACGUAGCAUGGGUUCAUCAAAAAAACGAUACAUGGUUGAAAUGUGACGAUGAUACUGUUAGUAUUGUUAGUAGUGAAGAAGUAUUAAAGCUUAGUGGCGGUGGUGAUUGGCAUUGUGCAUACGUUCUUCUAUAUGGUCCACGAGUUCUAAAAGUACCUGAGACUGAGACAAAGAUAUGUGAUGCUUCACCUACGGAAUAAAUAACAGUCUAUAAAUAAAGAAUUUCUUUGGACAUAAUUCCUCCCCCCAAAAAAAAAAGAAGAAGAAAAGACACAAGAACCCAUCAACCGAUAUCCACAAGGAAUAGUGGAUUUUGUACGCUGAUUUAAAUAUUAUCUUAAAUAUAUGCUGCCAUGCUAUGUAAAUUAUUCAUGGUAUAUGCAAAAAAUAAUUGCAGCAUUUGUUUUAAACAAAAUAUAAAAUUACAGGGACAAAACUGCUAUAUGGUCAUCUCUCGAUAUAACUGCAUAUAAUCGUGACGUUUAUAAAUGCAUUUUAUUUUAUUUUAUUUUAUUUUUUUUUUUUUUUAAGAUCUACAAUUACGACUUGUUACUUUAUAAGCUAAUCGAUGAGCAAUUAUUUACUGUGAAACGUUAUUGUGUUUUUUUAUAAUGUUGUAAUUAAAUGAUCCGAAUGCAUACUUUAUUGGAAAUUAUUACGGAUCGAUAUACUUUUACAAACUGCUCUAUAAAGUUAUAAUAAAAUAAAGCUUUCACACAAAUAACAUAUUAUCGUAUUUUACUUUUUUCAUUUCGCGAAUGAAAUAGUGAAUGAUUGUAAGAAGAAUCAUUUACUUUGUUACCGCCAAAUCAAAUUUAAAAAUCGUCCGUAUGUUAUCGAUUAUCACGUGACUAUGGAUCGAUACGUGUAUAGACCAAUAAGAAUACGUCCCUUUUGAUACGUAACUUCGUGCGAUCGUGAAGCGUGAAAUAACGCGUAUAAUAGAAUCUCGAAAAAUUUUGUGUAAAUUAUUUAAUAAAAAGUAAAAAUUAAGUGAAUAAUACCAGGACCGAAAAUGCUGUUGCGAGACAACUUAGAGAUGAUAGAGAAGAUGAAACUGAAGAAGGAUACUUAUGAAGACGAAAUAGAAUUAGAACGAACAAAAAUAAUGGAGAAGGGCGAUAUUAUACGAUCUAUACAACGUUUACAUAUAGAGCGUUUAGAAGCCGAAGAAAAAGAAAAACUCGUUUGUUCUCAGAAAGCUCACGAUUUACGAAAUCGACAAAUCGAAAGAGCUUAUAAAUUAGCUCAGGAAUUGGCACGUCUUAAAAGUAAAAUUUUCAUAAUGUUUCAAUAAAUAAUAAUCUCGUUAAUCGUCUAUCGAUAAUAUCGACGUAUAUAUCGAAGUCGAACUCUCGAUUCGUAAUUGACGUCACGGUUUAUACGAUUCCGAUAAUGGCGCCAAUUUUAUAAGGUUUGAAAUUUGCAGGUAAAGAAGCGCGGGAAUUGCGUGAUUUAAAAUGUAACAAGAAAUUAUCGCGAUCUCCUCCAGCUUGUUUUUUGGUUGAUCUACAAUCACGAUUGUUAGAAGAAAAGAUUCGCAAAGAUGCGCAAUCUUUUGACAUAGCUCAACGAUGUUACGUCGACGAUACCUUAAAUAAAAUGCUAUUGGAAAAAUCGGAAGAAAACAAACGACUUUAUCUUGCCGAUUUGCAGAAUCAAAUUAUUGAAAAACGUCGUAUAUUGAGAGAAUUGGAUGAGGAGAGGCAACGCGAACGUAAGAUCAUGGAACAAAUGCUCGAUGCUAUUCACGAAGAGGAUAUUCGUACGGAGAAACAUAAACAAAAAAUUCAAACCUGUUUACAAGCUGAGAAGAAAGCUACUUUUGAAGCGAGAAAAGUAUGGAAGGACAUACAAAAAGCUACGAUUAGCGAGGAAAAUAAAAAAAUCGCCGAUAUCAUGGUUGAGAAAGAACUUGAAUAUAAAAAACAAAUGGAGAAAAAAGUAAACUUUCGUCGCUGAAGAAAAAAAAAAAGAAAAGAAAAAAAACAUGAUUUUAUCGAUUCCUGUGACAGAAACAAAAAAUUUUUUUUUCUCUCUCGUUAUAGAAAGAUAUCAGCGCGAUGAGAGAAGCGACGACGGAAAGAAUUGCGAGGAAGAUGUUGGACGAUGAGAUCAAAAUGAUGGAAAAGGAAGCAAUUUGCAAUGAAUUGUAUUUAGAAAAAAAGAAAAUCAAGGAAAUUGAAGAAUCUUUAAAAUUAGCCUUGGAAAAGCGACUACAAGCUAAAGAAAUCUUCGACGAAAUGACACAAUAUAGCAUUGAUGCAGCUGAGAAGAGGGUGAAAGAACGAGAGAUGGAGAUAACUUUAGCGCGUAAUUUGUACGAGAAACAAUUAGAACUCGAAAAGAAAGAUAGACAAAAGCUAGAGGAGAAACGACAAAAAAAUAAGCAAUAUGGUGACGAUUUGAAGAAAAUUAUAAUAAAUAAUAGAAUCGAAUAUGCAAUGAAAUUAUUGAAGAGACAACAAAAUAUUCACGACGAAUGCGCAAAAAAGCCAUAAUAUUAAUACGUUGAAUAAUUUAUUUAAAAAAAAAAAAAAAAAAAAACUUUGAUAUUUAUGUAUGUCGAUGUUAUCGAUUAUUUUUCACGUAUAUAAAAUAUAUAUCUGAAGACAUAUAUAAAAAUAAACAUAUUAAAAAAAAAAGAAAUCCAGAUUGAACGAGUUCUAUAUUUAUUUCGGGAAUUUAAUAAAAAUAUCCGACGUUUCGCCCAUUAUUUAUUAGUACAUAGGUAUAUAUAUACACGUCGCGCGGAAAGGCGUUACCUUUACGGCUUUUGUUAUUUGUACAAAGUCCGUGUAAAAAUACAGCAGCCCCAUCUUAUAUAGAUUAAUAGUACUCGAUAGAUUAUAAACGAAGGCGGUCUUGCCUCGUUACUCUUUAUCGUCGUUCGUUCAUCAACGAGAAGUCAUAUCUAAUCGAAGAAAAUCAUUAUAUUAUUUUAUUUCUUCUUCGAUUUCUAAAGAUCCGAUUAUAUAUAUAUAUAUAUA